AUGGCGCCUCUCACAAACGCAAGUCAUCAUAUCUAUACACGGGAGGCAGACCUUACCGCCGAGGCACGAUACGGCAUCAUGAUCGCACUGGCCAUAUCCAGCGGAGCGUUCUUCGUGGCAUGCAUCGGCCUCACAAUCUCAAUGUGCGACUGGCGAAUGAGAUAUUUACAUCUACGAAAGGAACUGGACGAGCGUGGAUAUGGUAUCGCGGCAAGACCUGCAGCACAGCAAGAGAACCAAGCUGGGGAGCGGCAAGGAGGCGAGGCUCAAGCAACUGAGGAGCCGGCACCAGCAGUAUCUGGAGCGUUGUAG